AGUAGACUUCCUCCGCUUUGCCUUCCGUCGCACGCGUCCGGCGCCAGUUCUAAGUCUCAACAGCGAGCGAGAGAAGUCAGCCGCGCGCUUGGUCUCUCUCACCGGCUGCCGGACCUCCAGCCGCCAAAUGAUUGCUGGCAGGUCCUUCGCAAGGUUCAAUCAACUCUGUAGGACUCUUUGUUCUCCGAAUCCUCACUCUCAUCCUCUUCGCUGUUCUCAGGGACUGUUCCAUCAGGGGAAUUCAGCUUUUGUGAAAAUGAGCGGGAGAAAGGGCGGGCCAGAUGAGAUGGACCAACGAAAGAAGAAAAAAGCUAUAAUGCAUGUAUGGAGGCCGAUCACUACAAAAGAAGUUCCAAAUGAAGUCGACAAUGAUGAAAGAUCUGAUUCUGAGUGUCAACUUCAAAGCUCGAACACUGGUGCAUCAAUUACUGGUGAAUUUGAAUUAUCGACUAGUAGUGCUAUAGAAACUGAUAAUGAAUUGAAGGCUGUAGAAGAAAGGGAAGAUAUUUCCUAUACAUGCAGAAUGGGCGAUGUGGCUAAAAGUAAGGGCACCCAACAAGUAGUUAUAAAAGAAACUCACAAAGAACUAGGCUCCAACGAGGAUUUGGAAUUAGCUACUACAGCUGAAAAGGUCUCAGUUUCUGUUCAGGUAGACACUCCUUUGAUCCGGUUUGUAAAAGGAAAAGGGGGAUCAGUGCAGAAACGAAUCGAGGUAGAGGCGGGAGUCAAAAUCAAAUUCCCAUCUGCUAAGGGGGACACAACUAUCGUUGUUGAGGGGGAUACUGUUGAAAGUGUGACUAAAGCAUCAGAGAAAAUUGCUAGUGUACUUGAAGAGGCAGUGAAGAGCCCAAUGCUUGAUUAUUCUCACUUCAUAUCCCUUCCAUUGGCUAUCCACCCAGAUCUUGUAGCAAAGCUCCACCAAUUCCAGGGAUCCAUACUCGGUUAUGCUACUACUAGCCUAGAUAAUGAUGACCCCGAUGGCGAUUUUAAUGAAGAUACUUCAGAUGAAAUUGAUUACGAGGACAAACAAGCAGAAACCCCAGGUGUUGCCAUCAAUCUUGAAGUCCAAGAUGAAAAGGAGCAUGUAAGAGUAAAGAUUGAUACUAAGGACUCCAAAUCGGCUUCAAAAGCCUCUUCUGCAUCAGAUUUAGGCAUCGAUAGAUCCAUAUUUAUCAAACCCAAAACCUUUCACUUAACUGUUCUUAUGCUCAAGUUAUGGAACAAGGACCGUGUUGCUGCUGCUGCUGAGGUUCUGCAGAGAGUAUCUUCUGAAGUAAAAGAUGCUCUGGAAAACCGUCCAAUUUCUAUACAGCUUAGAGGGCUGCCUUUCUGGCAAUGUCAGAAGAUGUCCCAAGUGACAGGUGGUGCAUCAAAACUUGCCCCAAAGGCAUGCAUGAGAGGUUCACUGGCUAAGGCCCAAGUAAUAUAUGCACCAGUUCUGGAAGUUGGUGGAGAAGGACGCUUGUUACGCGCUUGCCAAGUGAUUAUUGGUGCUUUUGUUGAAUCAGGCCUUGUUCUUGCCAAGGAUGCAAAGCAAUCUUUGAAGUUGCAUGCCACUUUGAUGAAUGUGAGGCACAGAAAAAGGAGUAAAAGAAAUAGAAGAAAUGAUUCCUUCGAGGCAAGGCACAUCUUUAAGGUGUAUGGCUCGAAGGAGUGGGGCGAGUAUCUCAUCCGUGAAGUGCAUCUUUCUCAGAGGUUCAAGUUCGAUGAAAGCGGAUACUAUCAUUGCUGUUCAUCGAUUUCCUUGCCUGAAGACAUGCAAACAGAAUGAUCCUGGCCAUCUGUGAUAACAUAUUCAGGGCGAUGAUCUUUAACGAGCGUGUGGUAGCGCAGCAACUAAUGAUUAAACACUCUGAUGCCGCGCGUGUUCAUUGGCUUGCUUAAUUGAGAUUUUCUAGAUCACUGUAGUUAUGUAUGCCCUACCAGUUUUACUAUGUCACAUUAAAUGGUUGCUCGACGCUAGAUUGCAAUGUUUCAAUCUCCGUGUUAUUCAACAAAUUGCAAUAAAAGAUCCAUCCAAUUAGUUUGUCACAAGAAUUCUUAGUUUUACUUCAAUUUUCUUUUUUC